AUGAAUUCUGGGUUUACAUUCCCUCCACCUUUAUCGGAGGAAGAGACUAACACAUACAAUAAUAACACUAUACCUCCCAUCUCUGAAGAUCAACCCGCAGGUGGGUUUACUUUCCCCAAUACGAGACAUGAUAUAGAAGCAGAGACUAACCCUAAUUUUGUAGAGAUAAAUAUAACACCACAGUUGGAAGGGACGCAACAGUUUAAUACUCCAGGUAAUCUUAGUACAACGACAAUGACCACCCCAAUAAUCGAUAUCCCUUCCCCCAUGGAAAUACCGAUUAGUUCAUUCCCACCUAAAAAAUCGAAACUUAUGGAAUCCUUCCAAGAGCAUACCGUUCAAGAGGAAAAUAAUAAGGAACAAAACAUUCCAGAUACCGUCCAGAAAACUACUGAGUUAGGACAAGACAUAACCCCAACAGAGACUACAAAUAAAUCACUAACUGAAGAAUAUGUAAUAAACCUCAGACAACAAAUGGCAACUGAUUGGAAAAGCCCGUCAGAAUAUGCUCUUCACAUCCUCUUCACAAAGUUUAUUCGUCAUGCUGAAAAUAAGUUAAAUGUAUGUUUGGAAUAUCCACUGAAUACAGAACCUCCCAUCAUUGAAAUAUUGGGAGAAGGUUUAGACCCUGUAUUUGAUAAAAUUAUUGAAUCUCUAGGACAUAUCGCUAGAAACAAUCCCAAACCUGUAAUAGAUGCAAUGAUGUAUUGGAGAAAGACUAAAUCAGAGGCAGCCAAUGCAGCUGCUGAAGAAGUUCAAAAAUUUAUUAAAGAGAAUGAAGAUGACCACACACUUCCACGAACUGUGAUAUCCAGAUCAUCUUCAACUUCAUCUUCAAUCUUACACAAACAUAGAAAGAACAGUUCUGAUGGAUCGAAUAGUUUUUUACCAAAAAGAAAUGUUUCUUCUCGAGCACCUACUAGAGUGAAGAACACUCUCGAGAAUCAAAAACUAACAGAUAUGCAAAACCAGGUGGAAAAUUUGAAAAUUAUUGCCCUAACAACUGAUAGAAAAUCUCUAAUAAGUAUAUACAUUCUUUGCCGAGUUCUGAUAGAGAUUAUAAGGCAAGCACCUGAAAAUGGAGAUGAAGACUUAAGUGACAAAUUGGAAGAGAUUGUCUACGCUCAACUGAAGACUACAGAUCCAGUUUCGUUAUCGUCAAGUAUAAUAAAAUCAUCUAACUGGAAUUCAUUUGCCGAGCUUUUAGGUUGCAUGUCUGAAAAGAAGUUCAUUUCAGUAAGUGACCGAUUCAUUGCAGACUUAGAAAAGAUUCCGAAAAGGGUCAAGGUAGAAGAUGAACCAUCCGUACACUUAUUAAUAUUGGGUAUGAGGUACCUCGUCCUGAAAAAUUAUCCUCUGGACAAGUUUGAAGAGAGUGCUGAUUUUGUGAAAAGUUUGGCAAAAUUUUUCUUAAAAACACAAAAUGACACAGUGAAAUUGGCAUAUAGCGAGGUUACCAACCAACUCCUGCUACCACUAGCUGGCUCACUCAGUGCAGAGGUAAACCAUCCAACAUGGGUGGACGCCAUGGAGACUCUUUUGAAAGCUGGAAAAAAUCUUUUACCCGAUAAUCGUUACUGGGCUAAUGGAUUUAAACUGACAGUCUCUAUAUUGUGUGCAUCUCCGCCUCAGGUGUUUUCAGAACACUGGGUGAAUAUAAUCGAAUCGAGUACAGGUAAAAUUAGAACAAAAAAACUUGAUGAUCGUAUAAUUUUUGCUGUCGGUGUAUCCCGAUUAGUUUGGGUGUAUCUAUACAGGUGUUCUGAUACAUUGAACAAUACGACAAAGACCCUAACAAAGUUAUUAUUUUUAUACCUAAACAAUAAGAAGAAAGAGAAUUGGCUAACUACAGAUAUCGAUUUAAUUAGCCCUUUAGCUGACGCUUUAAUAUCUAUUGGCUACUUAUAUCCCAACUUUCUCCUAGAGGAUACGCUCAUUCCCCUCGUUAAACAAUCGUUUAAUGGUAGCACCCUUGAAAAUAUUGGCUAUGAUAAACUGAUACUUGCAAUUAAGACAUAUAAGGGUUUUGUACUUACGAAUGAAAAGCCAGAAUUUCCAGAGAAUGAUCGUAGAGUUUAUUCAACCGAUUUGAAUAAUAUUCCAUCGAAUUUAAAUGAGGCUCUGACAGCGAAUAAUGAAGAAAUGUGUGCUAUCAUUUAUAAACUUUUUUUAAUCCUUGACUCUAAUAUUGGGUCUGAAGUAUGGUCUCCAGAAAAUUAUCAUCAAAAACAAACAUCUACUCCAUUCGGAACCUUUUCGUUCGGAUUUUCAAAUGAUAGUGACAGUAAUGUACAAAAAAUUUCAUUAAAUCUAUUACUGUUCUCUACAAUUAUAGAGGCAAUACCUUGCUGCUUGGCAAUUUCUAAGAAUAUUCCAUACAAGCCCAUAAUUGAAGUCCUAACAAGAAAUGCAGUCCAUGCAGACAAUUUUAUCUCCGAGAGUUGCAGAAAAGCACUUAAGGCGUUGGCAACAAAGAACAAUGCAUACACUUUUAUUACAUGGUUUGCCAAAUAUUCGUUCGAUUUUGAUGAGAAAACUCAAUCUAGAUAUAAUAUGUCAUAUCUUAAUUCGACCGAAUAUAUUACACUACUAAUGCUAUAUGUUGAACUAUUAGAAUGUUGGUUAAAUGAAUUCCAAACUUCCAAGAAGAAAGAAUCGAAAAAAGUCAUGGGGCUGGAUGGUAUUCAACUUCUUCCUAAUGAAGAUACAAACAACGAAACAACUGGAACUGAAAAAUUAGAAUGGAAGAAUAUUAUAACAGUUAUCGAAGAAGUUGAAGGGAAUGGUUUAUUUUUUCUAUGUUCACACGAUUUUACUGUUCGAAAAUUGGGUAUACAAAUCUUAAGAAUUAUCUCCAAAUUUGACGAAGCAAUGGCAGAAAAAACUGAAAAACUUUCCGAAAAUGGUCAUUCGAGAUCAUCAUCCUUCCACUUUUCCGCAGAUCGUGGUAACAGGUUAAUUGAUUUCAUACAUGAAGCCAGUAUAUUCUCAUUUAUAAACCCACAAAAAAUCUCAUUGAGUGUAGUAGAGAAACAACGUUUAUCAAAAUUGAACUCCAGAUAUAAAAAGGGUCUAAUUGUCAGGUUAGCAGAAUCAUCAUAUGGUGUCGAUGCAGCGUUAUGGCAAAGAGCCUUCCCUAAACUUUUAGCUUACAUUUUUAAAACCUGUCCUAUUACCAUGGCUCUUUGUCGUUCAAUAGUGUGCAUUAGACUCGUACAAGUUCAUGAAGUGAUUCUUCGCAUUUCGAACGACACUUUGUUUAAGCCCCAAAAUAGUCUUCCCGAAACAAUUAUUAAUCAAUGGAAACUUUACCUAGUGGCUGCUUGUACAUCACUUACGUCGACUAAUGAUCAAAUUUUACAUAUUCCGAGUAGUACAAAAAAACAUGGAAGAAAGAAGAGUCAACAAAUUUUUACUGUUCAACACCAGAAGAUAAAAUCCGCAAAAUCGAUUUUUAAGAUGGUACUUCCUUUAUUAAACUCACAGAGUAUUAUGAUCAGAGAGGCAAUUAUAUCUGGACUGAGUUCCAUGAAUAUAAACAUUUACAAGACAUAUAUAGAAAGCGUUGAUAGCUUCCUUAUUGGGUGGAAAGAACAAAGCUCAAACCAAAUCAGGGUUGAAAUGUUUCAAAUUUUGGCAAUUCUAUCCCGUUUCUUGAAGGAAACUUCCAUUUCAAAUGACAGAUGGAUCCUUCGUAAAUUGUCUGAAUUUAUUAAACAUGCAAAAUUAUUUCUUCAAAUCGAUUCUGUUCAAAAAUCGUACGAGUACCAGCCACUAAGGUGUUAUUUUUCCGAACUACUACUUAGAUUCUAUUCUAGCACAAAGGACCAUGAAGAUAUUGAUAAGUUAUUCCCAUUUCAGGCCCGUGCAUCCUGUUUUAAUUUUCUUAAGGAAUGGUGUGGUUAUGGGGAUAGUGCUUAUCUCUCCAACGAAAGAUAUACUUACAUGAUCAAAAAAACUGAAAAUGAUAGGGACAAAACAGCAAUAACAGCAGGCAUAGAAUUUCAAAGAAAUAGACUUGAAAUAGUUGUUUUGGAAACGAUGGUGAUAUUAUGCUCGGAAUCAAUUACCGAAACUUUGUACGAUGUAGGAGAAACACCAAUAAUUAUAUCCUUCGACCUUGAAUCAUUAUUAUUUUGGAUCGAAGGUAUGUUCAAUUCAGAAAACGAGGUCGUACGAAUCCUAGGUGUUACGGCAUUAACUAACCUUCUUGAGCGUAACAAUAAAAAUUUGAAACUUUUCCAAGAUGUGUCGACACAAUGUAUUUCACAUCAUAGUGAUCCAUCGGUGUCUGUUUUAUAUUAUACUACAUUGUGCAAGGCUGUUUUGAAACUUGAUAAUUUGAUUUUAGAAGAACAUGAGUUAGUCUCACUUGGUUUAUACGGCCUGGUGUCAGAUAAGGAGGAAACUAGAAUUUGUGCAGUGGAUCUAUUAUCUGUUGUGGAAACAAAAUUACAUGACUCGUCUUACACGAAGGUAUUUAAGGAAAAAUUAGCUAACUCAUCAAAAAUGGUGUAUAAAUCAACAGCACUUGAAAUUUCUAGCAUAUUUGCUGAGUUACUAUCUCAAGAAUUGUGUUUAAAGGUCUUUUCUAGUUUGGUUGGUGUACUAGAUUUAUUUCCGUUUGAAAUCCAACGAGAUCUUCUGGUUUUAAUGGUUCCAUGGGUAAAUAAGUUUGUCCUGAAAUCGAUAGAUGAAUUAGAUACAUUCAUGGUAUUAAAUAAUCUAUUCUAUGUUACAAUGACAUUGAAUGACAGUCUACCAAACGAGGUUGAACAAUUGUGGAUUUCUUUAGGGAAGGGAAAUUCUUUCCAAAAUAUCUUAGUAUCACUCGAAUAUCUAUUGCAAUCAUCAACGGAUUACAAAAAUUCACUUUUCGUUCAAAAAGCAAGAGAUAUUGUAUUGUACCUUUCAAGUGUACCAGGUAGUAUUGGAUUGAUUGAUACACUGCUGAGAAACCUCGAACCAAAAUCAAUGAUACCAACAACAAAAAGACAAAUAUCAGAACCUAUUAAUAAAGACAACCGUUACUCAUUUAUUGCAAACAUUUGGGAUAUAUUGGCACAUAAUACGAAGAAAGUUACAUUUUCUAAAGCUCAAUUGACAAUUAUAUUUUUGGUAAAUUUAUCUACUGAUAUAAAUGAUUCGUUGAAAUCAUCGUUACCAAUUCUGUUGCAUAUUUGUAUCUGUCUUUUAGAUCACUAUGUCCCACUGGUACAAGAAAGUGCUGCUAGAAUAAUGUGUAAUUUAAUCUUUGGAAUCGCCCCAGAACACGAAAAAUCCGAGACUACAGUAAACCUUCUACGUAAUAGAACAUCCCUCUGGUCAUAUGAUAACCUAGUCAAGGAUAAAAGGGGAGCUCGGUCACCAAAGGCAAUGGAUAUGCUUGUUAGAAAUAUCAUCGAAAUAUUUAGUGAUGAUAUUAAUAAUAUUCAAAAUGACUGGCAAAGAACAUCAUUAAAAUGGGCUACAACCUGUCCAGUAAGACAUAUUGCAUGCAGAUCUUUCCAAGUAUUUAGAUCCCUUCUUUCAUUCUUGGAUCAGGAAAUGUUACGUGACAUGCUUCAUAGACUUUCAAAUACGAUAGCUGAUGAUAACCUUGAUAUUCAAGGUUUUGCUAUGCAAAUUCUAAUGACAUUAAAUGCAAUUAUGGCCGAAUUAGAUGCAACUGAUUUAAUUAGUUUCCCCCAAUUAUUUUGGUCAAUUAUUGCAUGUAUGAGCAGUAUACAUGAGCAAGAAUUCAUCGAAGCGUUAUCAUGUAUUUCUAAGUUUAUUUCAAAAAUUGAUUUAGAUUCUCCGGAUACCGUUCAAUGUCUAGUUAGUACAUUUCCCUCAAACUGGGAGGGACGUUUUGAUGGUCUACAGAAGAUUGCACUUAUUGGUCUACGCUCAUCCAACUCUUUAGAUGUUACAUAUAAAUUUUUGGAUAAGAUAAAUCUACUGAAUGAUAGUAAAAUUGUCGCCGACAACGAAACUAGACUGCUAUUUGGUCUAAUAUCAAAUUUACCAAGAUUUUUAGAUGCGAUGGAUAAGAAGGACUAUACAAAUGUUCAAACUGCUGCUGAUUCUUUAAUAUUCUUGUCAAAUGAAAAAAACCAACCGUCCCUUUCCAGAUUAGUUGAUUCAUUAGCAAAGGAUAAGUUUAGGUCGAAAAAAGACUUUAUGAGUCAAGUUGUUAGUUUUAUAUCGCGCAACUAUUUUCCAAAAUACGCUGCCCAGACAUUGGUUUUCCUAUUAGGUUUACUUCUAAAUAGUAUUGAUUGGAUUAAAGUUCAAACGAUGGAGAUAUUGAAGUAUGUAUUUCCUCUGGUAGAUCUAACAAGUUCAGAAUUCAUCGGUGUCGGUGCCGACUUGAUCUCUCCUCUGCUGAGACUACUUCUAACGGAUUAUGAGAUCCAAGCGCUUAGUGUCUUGGACUGUGUUCCUAAUGUUUCUGGUAGCAAAAUGGAUAAAGAUGUUUUAAGAAUAAGCAUGGGGAAUACCGACAUAAAAAACAAUCAAAACACAACAACAACGUUGUUUGGGUUACCAGAUCAAUCUGGAUGGUCUGUACCAAUGCCUACCAUGACAGCCGCUAUGACAAGACAUAAUGUCCAUACAGUGUUUACUUCGUGUGCUAACAGUGCUGCAUUUGAGCAAGAUCAAAAUAAUAUUGAUGAUGUCGUUGAGUUCCACGCAGAUGGUGAUUACCAGUUAGGUAGAAUGGAUACGAUAGAUUCAUUUUCAGUUCCUGAAGAAAAAGAUGCCACCCUAAGCCAUAUGUGGGCAGAAUUAGAUAACCUAGACAGUUUCUUUACCAAAGAUAUAUCAAAUAGAAUAUCAAGUGCUCAAAAGGGAAAUGAUAUAGGAGUUGGACCUCAUGAAAGAUCAAUGUCAACUGAUACGACUAACACUGAUCAAACGUUUAAUCUCGAAUCAGCCCCUCAAUUAUAUGAUAAGAAAGUUUCUGUUCUUUUAAACAGAAGUCUUUCGAGAGCACCAUCCAACGUAUCCUUUAAAAAAUAUUUAGCUGAUUCAUUUGCUACAAACACGAGACGAAUUGAUAGUAGAACUAAAUAUGGAAAUGACUAA